CAUAACGUUCAAGGAACAAUCUGUCAGUGCUCUCCAUGAUAACAUCCGAUAUCCUGGUGAAAUAUUUACAAGUGCCGUUCACUCGUGAGAUGACGCAAGAGUUAAAACUGUUGAUACAGUCUUGGAGCGAACAUCAGAUUUGUUUCUACCCCUUUUGCGGUGGCGCGGGAUAUUUUUCUGACGAUGUCUGAAAGUUGUUAGGCCUCUACCAUGUAGACAUCUUGCGAAAGAUUGUAUGUAAGAGGAUGUUGUAGAAAUAGAAGAAGACUAAGUUGUUGUACGCGCCUCCUGACCUGACUCACCCUGUUUAUGACUUUACUAGCGUGAUCAGGACAAAGCUCAAAGUGUUCAAGCCUGUGGUAACUUGUAUACUGACCUGUUAUGACCUUGAUGAAUUUCUUUAGUUGAUAUUUAUAAACCAUUUUGAACAUCUGGGGUCUUUUGUUGUCGAACAAAGAUGAGCGCAAGAGCAUUGGUAGAUGCUACCUCCUUGGUUCAUUUGUGCCGAAAAAAGGGCAUUGAACUGCUGGCCUGUGACUUUGACAGCACCUUGAUCUCCAUUCACACAGGUGGUAUGUGGGGAGAUGGUGCUAAAAAGCUGAGCGAGUUUUUCCGUCCAUGUUUUAAGCAGCUGCUGUCUGCUGCUCUGUCAGGUGAUAUGAACGUUGCUGUGGUAACGUAUUCAUCCCAACCCUGGUUGAUCAAAGAAGUGCUGAAGAUAACUCUAAACAAAUGUGACACCAGUAAAGUGAUAAUCCGUGGCAACACCCCCGAGUUCAUGGAAAAGACCAGGUUCUCGGCCAUGGGAAAAGAGGAUCAUAUUGCAUAUGUCAUCAACGAGCUGUAUACAAAGAUGAAGAAAGUUGUUCAUCCCCAGGAAGUUCUUUUGUUGGAUGAUGAUCGGGAAAACGUUGAGCUUGCAAUUAAAUUUGGCCACCGGGCUUUUGAAGUCAAGGACAAUAUAACGCUAGAAGAUCUGCAAAGAUUUUUGAACUCUUUACCAGACAAGCCCAAGGAAAGUUAAAAGUAAAUUUACAUGGAAAUCCAAUGAGUUAUAAGGCUUCCUUUGAGAUUUUGUAUUUGUUAAGAGUUUUAUUUAAAGCUGAAAGGCAGAAACUGGGCAUAUUGGGGAGUGAAUGUCAGGGAAUAUGAUACCAGCCUUAAGAUGCGCACAUUUUACCCCAUAUUAAGGUCAUUGUUCAAGGUAUAAAUACUGUUGUUUUUUUUUUGUUCUUUCUUUUUUAUUUUUUUGAUCAUUAUUUAUUUACUUCAAACAUUUUAAAAAUUUAUCUGGGCAUUUUUAUGUACACCAUAUGAAUGGUUUAUCCAUAUGUAAUAAAAGCUUAAGCUGUUAGACAUUUUAGAAAUAGAAAAGAAAUAGCAUUUACUGCUUUAUGCAUGGACAUGUAACUUUAUGUGGUCUUGGAAUAUACUGUGCAGAUAUUGCUUUUGUUACGUUUUUCCUUUAUAUUAAUGUUUGUUUUAACUUUAUGCUGUAUUUGUAAAAGGAUGAAAUAUUAAAUUAGUUGAUUUUCUGUUGAAAAUUUUUUUAUUUUAGCACUGUAACAUUUGAUUACACAUAAGUUUAUAAUUUACCAGGCAGGAGUUCUUGGUUUUAGAGACUUAAUAUAGUGCUAUGCAAUUUUAUUAAAAAAAAACAAGGUAGGAAAAUAAGUUUAAAAUGUUCACUGAAGUGGUGUCUUCUACUACAUGUUGAAAAGUAGCUGUUUUUUUUUUUUUACAUAAUUAAACCCAAAACAAUUUAAAGAUUAAAACUUUCAAUAGCGUACUAGUUAGUAAGGACAACACCGCCAUUGUGGGCAUAUUCUCUCCAAUCGUACUUGGGAAGGUCUGCUAGCAACCUGAGGAUGGUCGUGGGUUUCUUCCCAGGCUUAGCAUGGUUUCCACUCACCAUAAUGCUGGCUGCCGUCAUGUAAAUGAAAUAUUCUUAAGUGCAACGUAAAACACCAAUGGAAUAAAUAAAUGGAUACAUAAACUGUGGAUGUAUUCAUAUUCAUGUGUAUAAGUUAGACUCGUAAAUGGCAGAACAAGCACAUCACUGAUGAUUGAUGUUGUCCUUGCC